GCCGAGCGGAGUUACCUCCCUCCGGCGAGGGGGAGCGGGGCCGGGCUGAACCCAGCGCGCAUCCGCCGAACGGGCGGGGUGGGGGGGCGCGGAAAGUCACCGGUACCCGCGCAGCUUCUCCGCGGGUGCGGAGGCAGCGGCGGCCGCUGCUGCUGCUCUCCCGGUUCCGUGCGGCACCGGCGGAUCCGCCUUCCCGGUAAAUCCGCCUUCCCGGCCCCGCCGCGCCCGUUCUCGCCGCCGCCCCCCGGCGCCGUUACCGGGGGCGGGGGGAACCUGGUCAGUUUUUCCCGGGAUCUGGUCCAUUUCUCCCGCUAACGGGUCAGUUUUUCCCGCGCACGGGUCGGUCUCAGCAUCCUCGGGAGCCACUGCAGAGCGAGGUGCUGCUGAUGAAGAGGAGGUGAGGUCCGAGCUCUAGCUCACACGUGUCCCAUUCCCUGCGGGACGUUCAUCUUCGCCCCUCACCCCAUCCCGCCCCCCGGGGCCGCACAGAGCCGUCCCAAUGCCGAAAAACAGCAAAGUGACCCAGCGGGAGCACAGCAGCGAGCAUGUCACCGAGUCGGUGGCCGACUUACUGGCCCACGAAGAGCCCGUGGACUACAAACGCAGCGUCCUCAACGUGACGGGAGAAACCUGGGACAAGCAGAAGGAUGGAGAUGAGGAGCUGGAUGCAGAGAACCGGCCAGCGUGGAACAGCAAGCUGCAGUACAUCCUGGCGCAGAUCGGCUACUCCGUGGGGCUGGGCAACGUCUGGCGCUUCCCCUACCUCUGCCAGAAGAACGGAGGAGGUGCCUACCUGGUCCCGUACCUGGUCCUGCUCAUCAUCAUCGGGCUCCCCCUCUUCUUCCUGGAGCUGGCAGUGGGGCAGCGGAUCCGCCGGGGCAGCAUCGGCGUCUGGAAUUACAUCUGCCCUCGCCUGGGGGGCAUUGGCUACGCCAGCUGCCUGGUCUGUUUUUUUGUCGGUCUCUAUUACAACGUCAUCAUCGGCUGGAGCAUCUUUUACUUCUUCAAGUCCUUCCAGUACCCUCUGCCCUGGAGUGAAUGCCCCAUCGUGAAAAAUGGCUCGGUGGCCGUUGUGGAGACUGAAUGUGAGAGGAGCUCAGCCACCACCUACUUCUGGUACCGGGAGACCCUGGACAUCUCCAACUCCAUCUCUGAGAGCGGAGGCCUCAACUGGAAGAUGACCCUGUGUCUGCUGGUGGCCUGGAGCCUUGUUGGCUUGGCCAUGAUCAAAGGCAUCCAGUCCUCUGGGAAGGUGAUGUACUUCAGCUCGCUCUUCCCCUAUGUGGUGCUGGUUUGCUUCCUGGUGCGGGGCCUCCUGCUGCGCGGGGCGGUGGACGGGAUCAUGCACAUGUUCACACCCAAGCUGGACAAGAUGCUGGACCCCCAGGUGUGGCGGGAGGCAGCUACGCAGGUUUUCUUCGCCUUGGGCCUCGGCUUUGGGGGGGUCAUCGCCUUCUCCAGCUACAACAAGCAGGACAACAACUGCCACUUUGAUGCCACGCUUGUCUCCUUCAUCAACUUCUUCACGUCCGUCCUGGCCACCCUGGUUGUGUUUGCUGUGCUGGGCUUCAAGGCCAACAUCAUGAACGAGAAAUGUGUGGUGGAGAACGCCGAGAAGAUCUUGGGCUACCUGAACACCAACGUGCUGAGCCACGACCUCAUCCCGCCCCACGUGAACUUCUCCCACCUCACCGCCAAGGACUACAAUGAGAUGUACAGGGUGAUCAUGACGGUGAAAGAGGGACACUUCAAAGAACUGGGCUUGGAUGCCUGUCUGUUGGAGGACGAACUCAACAAGUCAGUGCAAGGAACUGGCCUGGCCUUCAUUGCCUUCACAGAAGCCAUGACGCAUUUCCCAGCCUCACCGUUUUGGUCCGUCAUGUUCUUCCUGAUGCUGAUCAACCUGGGGCUGGGCAGCAUGAUCGGGACCAUGUCGGGCAUCACAACGCCCAUCAUCGACACCUUCAAGGUGCGGAAGGAAGUGUUCACAGUUGGUUCCUGCAUCUUUGCCUUCGUGGUGGGACUGAUCUUUGUGCAGCGCUCUGGGAAUUACUUUGUCACCAUGUUUGAUGAUUAUUCAGCCACGCUGCCGCUCACCGUCGUGGUCAUCCUGGAGAACAUCGCUGUGGCCUGGAUUUACGGCACCAAAAAGUUCAUGCAGGAGCUGACAGAAAUGCUGGGUUUCCGGCCCUACCAGUUCUACUACUACACCUGGAAGUACGUGUCUCCCAUCUGCAUGGCCGUGCUCAUGACCGCCAGCAUCAUCCAGCUGGGCGUCAGCCCCCCGGGCUACAGCGCGUGGAUCAGGGAGGAGGCUGCAGAAAAGUUCCUCUUCUACCCAACGUGGGCCAUGGCGAUCCUCAUCUCUCUGAUCAUCCUGGCGUCCCUCCCUCUGCCUCUGGUCUUCAUCCUCCGCCAGUUCCACCUCGUCUCGGAUGGCUCCAACGCCCUCUCCGUCACCUACAAGAAGGGCCGGAUGAUGAAGGACAUCUCCAACCUGGAAGACAACGAUGAGACCCGCUUCAUCCUGAGCAAAGUCCCCAGCGAGACCCCGUCCCCCAUGCCCACCCACCGCUCCUACCUGGGGCCCGGGAGCAACUCCCCGAUGGAAAUGAGCAGUGCCCCCAAUGGACGCUAUGGCAGCGGGUACCUCCUGGCCAGCACCCCCGAAUCCGAACUGUGACGGUCGCCUGCCCGCCACCCCUGCCGGGCGAGGAGCUCACCGGGGAGUGGAUCCUGGCUGUCCAGGCAACAGCAAAAUUAAUUAGUAAGGAAGACGAAGAAAGAAACCCCUCUGAAAAUUGCAACCAAAAGCAGCCGUUUCCAAGGUGCCAUCGGGAAGAAGGGACUGCAGGAGGGGCAGGACUCCUCCACGUGCCCUUCGGGGAAGGGAGGAGGGACAAGAGACGCUGCAAUGUCUUUCCGGGAGUUGUUUUCACACAGCUCGAAUCUGAAGCAAAGAAUCUCGUAGUUCUGUUUUCUUUUCUUUUCUAAGCAGCUGAUGUUUGGAAAAAAGGACCUGGUGUCAGGUGGAAGAUCAACCAGGCUCCCUCCCGUGGCCUCUUCCCUCCCUGUCUGUUGUCCUUUAGCCGGGAGGAGUCAUGGCCUUAUUCCAACGAGCACAAUUAACCCUCGAUGUUCAUAGCACAAAAAGGUGCUGCUGUUGUCACCGUCGUCGUUGUUGUAUCUUCUGUAGUUUUUCUAGCUGUGGACACACCCAAAUAACCCCCAAAUUUGUGAGCAGGGUUGGCAGGGAGCAGCGUGGGGCUGGCUGAGACUGCGGAUGGUGGAUCCUUGGGGUCUGGUUUGUCACCACCAGCAUGGGGACAGCGUCCGUGGGUCAUUCUGAGACGCAGAUGUCGUGUCCGUGGGGCGGUGGGGUCAGCGUGCUCCGUGGAGGAGCGGCGAUCAUGCUGGGUGGCAGAACAACCUCUGAUGAUUUGGAUGUAGGAGCGUGUGGGGUGUGGAUGGGGUAACCCUGCUCUCCUGGAGUUACUCGUGACACGUGGGAUGCUCUGCUGAACCAAAAUCCCUGGCAUAUGGUGAUGGUCUCCUCUUGGCGCUCUCUCUGAGCUGUCCCAGAGGGACAAGCAGAGAAGCUGUGGGACAUCCAGUCCUACCACAGUCCUGGUUGAGCUCUCAGGAAUCCACCCCUGACUUUCCUCCCUUGCCCCCACCAGCAGAGGUGAGUUGGACCGUGGUUCUCUCUGGACACAUGCCCUCAUUUCUCCCAGCUUUGAGCUGGGGGGCCUGCAUUGCCCCCCAUUGCACCUCCGUAGAGCAUCACCAGCCUUUGGAUGGGGGUGACCAGCUCCUGGGGACAGCAGAUAUCUGCGGAGUCAGCGCCAGGUCCCAGUGUCCCCAGUAGCCCUUGGCCCAGGCUGGUGAGCCCUUGUUAGAGCCCAGGAGCCUCUAUUGUGCCCAUCCAUGUUAUGAUGAUUAUCAUGACCUCAUGUUCUUUCUCCCCAGGCUGUCUAGUAAAGAUCGGGACCUCCAAAAUCCCAAGGAGCAUCUCAUCCUUGGUCCUGCUGGCCUUAGAUCACACAUGAUGGUAUUUCAAGCCAGUCUGAAGGCCAAGUUUGUAGGUGCUUGUCCAUGAGCUCUACUCCCCUCCACUUUCCUGACACUGGGUUUUCUUCCACCUCGAUUCUCCUCUCAUCUGGGAGGCAAAGGCAGAAGGUCCCUGGUCCGUUCACCACCUCCUUGCCCUCUCUUAGCAUCCCUGUGGUCAGGAGGUCCCCCACAAUGACGUUUUCCAUGUGGAUUGUGAUCCUUUAUUUGUAGUCCUUCUUCAUGGGCUUGACUGGUGACCUGGAGACUCUUCCUGGACAAUUAGCUCAUUUUUCCAGGGUAAAAACAGAGCCAGGGACUGAACCAAAGGAGCUCAGUCUUCGGUGGCUCUGAGCAGCAUCAUCCACACUCUUGUCUCUCCUCCAGUGGCUCUUUCUCCACCAUCCUCCCCCUGCCCAUGCAGAGGGACAUAGAAAUGUCCCCACUGCAUCAUCUCUGAACGAGAGAAGCACAAAACCGGUGGAAUUUCUCCAUUGUUAAUCAAGACGUUCCUUCCCAUCUCUUAUUUCACCCUCUCUCCCCAGUUUCUUCCACCCAACCGGCAAAACAGAAGAUGAGCCCAACGUCACCUUCGCGAUGUCCCCAAGUCUGGGGGCCGGAUUCCCACCGUAGCUCCCAUGGAGUUAGUGGAGCAGGACACCAGUGUCCUUAGUCCCACCCGCUCCUGCGGCGUGAUGCUCCUUCAACCCCCAGGGAAGGAUCCGGCCCCCCGGCUCCCCCGGCCCCAAACCAGCCGGGGAGGCAUUCGCUUCCCUCCCCUUCUCGCAGCGUCAGUAAGAGGCAAAGUCAAUAAGAAGGUAACAAACAAACAAACAAAAACUAUAUUAUAUAUAUAUAAAAUAUAUACAGAGAGAGGAGAUGGAAUAAUAACCUAGAGAUUCUCUAUUUCUAUUGUAUAUUUAUUCUGUAAAUGUCACUGUAAAUGCUGUUAAAUGACAAAACCGUAUUCCAAAGUGGGCCGUGACCUAUUUUCAUUCCCAGUGCUUGUACAGAUCAAUUCCCAUUGUAUAUUGGGGCAUAUUUUUAACUUUUUAUUUCUUGUGUGUGGUGGGUGAGUGUCCCCCCAUUCCGACUUCAGCCCCGGGGGUCCAGCUGCCCUGGGGACCCAGCAGAGAGGAGGAGGAGGGACACCACCUUUAUUUUUAUCUGUGGAGAUACUGUUAUUUCUUCGUGGCAUUUGCUCGGUGUUAGACGCAGGGUGUUUGUGGGGGGGUGUUACAUUUGAAGUGACCCGUGUUGUCGCUGUGUGAGCGUGUGCGUGUUCGUCCGUUGAUGCCGUGCGUGGGUGUGCGCGCCUGGGUGUGUGCGUGGAUGUGGUUUGGGGUUACGAUUCACUUCUUGCUGUCCUCGGUCACUUUUGGAGCCUGCGUUGGGGGGCUCCCCCGCCUCGCCGGGGCAGGUUCUCCCCACACGCACCUUCUCGGGGUCCUGGGCUGCUGGUCGGGCUGACCCCCAGUGGCUUUCAGCCCUAAAAACUCACUUUUUGUCCCUCUUUUCUGUCCACGGAGGCACAGGGAAUAGCUGCUAGCUGUGAGCACAGGCACUUUUCAGUUUUCCUCCGGGUGGUGGGAGAAGAAGGGGGGACUCGCUGCCGAUAUUCCUGUCCCCCAUUAGCUCCCCGCUCGGUUCCCAGCCCUGAUUCUCCUGUUCGGAGCAGGACAGUGUCCCUGGCUGGGGUCAGAACCAUGUCCCAUCUCUAGGGACAGAGCUGGGGAGGGCUUGGGGGGUCACAGGAGGGUGCCCAGCCCCUGACAGCAGUGCUGCGGGUCCCAGGGUGCAGCGGGGAUGCUCCAUCCCUGAGCACAGGGCUCUGCGGGGCUGGAUCUGCCCUUGACCUUGGUGCGAAGCAGAAGGGACAGCUGGAGCCGGCUGUACCUUCCCUGGGUGUCCCUUUCCCCUCAAUCCCUCCACAACAGCCCCGUGUCACCUCCUGGCCCCCACCCAGAUGCCGGCAGGUGACAUUAAACCCCAGCACCUCCCCAGAGCAUGUCCCGCUGCCUCCCUCCUGUCCCUCUGUCCCCAAGCCUGGGUGUCUCUGGCAGGAGCAGGGGCAGAGCCAGGUGGCCUCGGUGGCCGGGGGUACACGGCACAGCCCAUGGCAGCACAGAAUGAGCCGCUUCCCCCGUGGGCAAGCACAAAGCUGGCAAAACCCUCCUGUACAGGUAAAAGCACAGAUCUCGUAGUAACUCAUCCCGUGUAUCCUUGUAGCCGGUGUAUUUACCACGCGUGCCGUGCCGGCCGGACUCCUGGCGGGCGAGAGCAACCCUGUAAGAGCUGUACCGGAGUCCCAUUAAAAGUCUCUUCUUACCAAA